UGGGAGCUCCUACUCAAGAAUAAUUUAUCAAUAUCUCUAUGCCAAAUACAGGAGAACUAUUGUCUCUUACCUCUCUCUUAACACUUACCAUAUUUGCCAGUGAAGAACUGUGGUUGAAUUGAGAUUGAACGGAGAUGGAGAUGAACAGGUUCAAGCUUCUUUUCUUGGUGACACUUUUGUUUAUCUGUCAUGCAUAUGUUGAUGCAGACGAGACGAACAACCAUCACAAGACGUACAUCGUUCACAUGGACAAGUCCAGUAUGCCUGCAAGUUAUGAAGAUCACCUGCAGUGGUACGACGCAUCUUUAAAAGUGGUGUCGGACUCUGCCAAUAUGCUUUACAACUACAAUAAUGUCAUCCAUGGCUACUCUGCACGGCUGACAUCUGAGGAAGCCAGGUUGCUUGAAGAGCAACAGGGGAUUCUAUCAGUCCAAGAAGAAGUGAAAUACGAACUUCAUACGACUAGAUCACCUGAGUUCCUUGGACUUCUCAACGAUGCAGCUGUACUUGAGUCUAACACGAUGAGUGAAGUUAUCAUUGGGGUGUUAGAUACAGGUGUUUGGCCUGAAUUGAGCAGUUUUGAUGACAAGGAACUCGGGCCAGUCCCGGGGGGCUGGAAGGGCGAGUGUGAAGUAGGCAAGACCUUUUACAAAUCAAGCUGUAAUCGCAAACUCAUAGGGGCGAGGUCUUUCUCACAAGCGUAUGAAGCAGCAUAUGGACCAAUUGAUGAGACAGAGGAAUCGAAAUCCCCAAGAGACGAUGAUGGCCAUGGAUCACACACAGCAACCACAGCAGCUGGAUCAACUGUUGUUGGAGCAAGCCUCUUUGGUUAUGCUGCAGGUACAGCACGUGGAAUGGCAAAACAUGCCAGAAUAGCAGCAUAUAAAGUGUGCUGGCUUGGUGGAUGUUUCAGCAGCGAUAUACUAGCAGCCAUGGAGAAGGCGAUAGAAGAUGGUGUGAACAUAAUAUCAUUGUCCUUAGGUGGCUCAGUAACUGAUUACUACAGAGACGUUAUUGCAAUUGCAGCAUUUGCAGCAACAUCUCAAGGAAUCCUUGUUUCGUGUUCGGCUGGAAAUGGAGGACCCAUCCCUGAAAGCUUGUCAAAUGUUGCACCAUGGAUAACCACUGUUGGUGCUGGAACUAUGGACCGUCAAUUUCCAGCAUACAUUAGCCUUGGAAAUGGGAAAAAAUUCCCUGGUUCAUCACUCUACAGUGGAAAACCAUUACCCAGUUCCUUUAUGCCACUGGUGGUUGCUGGCAAUGUCAGUAGUACAUCCAACAGUAAUUUUUGCUUACCCGGAAGUCUGAUUCCAGAAAAAGUCAAGGGGAAAAUUGUGAUUUGUGAUCGAGGAACGAAUGCAAGGGCACAGAAGGGUUUGGUAGUAAAAAAUGCAGGUGGCGUUGGGAUGAUUCUAGCAAACACUGAAUCCUAUGGAGACGAGCUAGUUGCUGAUGCACAUCUCAUACCCACAGCAGCUGUUAGUCAGACAACGGGUGACAUCAUAAAAAAGUAUGUCUUCACUGAACCUAAUCCAACAGCCACGGUUGCAACUGGAAGCACCCAGCUCGGGGUCCAACCAUCACCUGUCAUAGCAUCAUUCAGUUCCCGAGGCCCAAACCCCAUCACACCAGAUGUACUUAAACCUGAUCUGAUAGCACCAGGUGUUAACAUCCUAGCAGGAUGGACGGGAAAAGUUGGACCGACAGGAUUGCAAGAAGACUCUCGGCAUGUGGGCUUCAAUAUAGUUUCCGGUACUUCUAUGUCAUGCCCUCAUGCAAGUGGAUUAGCAGCAUUAAUCAUGGCUGCCCAUCCAGAAUGGAGUCCUGCAGCGAUAAAAUCUGCACUGAUGACCACAGCUUACAGUACAUAUAAGAAUGGAGAAAGCAUUCAAGAUCUUGCAACCGGAUUGCAAUCAACACCAUUUGAUUAUGGCGCCGGACAUGUGGACCCCAUAUCAGCCCUUGACCCAGGUCUUGUCUAUGAUGCCGCCAUUGAUAAUUAUAUAGACUUUUUCUGUGCCAUAAACUAUAGUCCCAGUAUGAUCAAAACCAUCACAAAACAGGAUUAUUCCUGCCAGGAUGGCAAGGAAUACGGAGUGGGAUAUCUUAACUACCCAUCCUUUUCUGUUCCUCUCGAGACGGCCUCAGGCCCAGGUGGUGGAAGCAGUGCACCAACAGUGGUCAAAUACACAAGGACCCUAACAAACGUGGGUAGCCCAGCAACUUACAAAGUUUCAGUCUCUCAGGAGACGAAGGCAGUGAAGAUUCUGGUUGAGCCGGAAGAGCUCACUUUCAGCAAACCAAAUGAGAAGAAAAGUUUCACUGUGACAUUCACUGCAAGUUCCAUGCCAUCAGGCACAGCCAGCUUCGAUUAUUUGAAAUGGAUGGAUGGAAAGCACAUUGUUGGCAGCCCAAUUGCAUUCAGCUGGUCGUGAUUAAUAAUUAUAAUAAUCAGAUAUUAUGGAAGUUCAAUAUCACGCACCUCGAACUCCCAAGUGCACAUAUUGUACCACUCUAUAAAUUCUCUAUUAAAUGUCUUCAACUGUUUAAAUUGAAGAUAUACUCGAAUAGAGCUAAUAUGCAACUGACGAAGGAGAUUAAACAAGUCCCACCCCACCCCCAUAAAUAUGUAAAACAGAAAGAAAGAGAACACACCAAAAGAAGAGCACUAUUGUGAAGGUUUGCAAUGCAUGGUGAUUAUAUUUUAUGAUAUGUUAGUUC